AUGAAAUGGUUUACGAAAAACCAGAAUGGGGAACCGGUGUAUGUUGGGGAAGACCCACAGUUUUCAGAUCGUGUGGACCUAGGUGGUGAUUCUGAAAGUGGUUUUUUGCAAAUCAGAGACCUGAGAGAGAGCGACUCAGGUGUGUACUACUUUAGAGUCGAGACGGACCAACCAGGUGGGAUUUACACCAGUGAUCCUGGAGUCUCUUUGUCCGUCAAACAAGGUAAUUAUGUCAUAACAUCCCCCCCAAAAAAACUGAUGGGUGUUAAAAUGUAUUUGCAUAUGUAUGCCGACAUUGUUGUGUAAGAUAAACUUAAUUUUUUUUGUCUUAUAGGUCCAGAUAUGCAGUUAUACCUCUCUCCCGUUUUUCAUUCAGGCCCACUGUACCUUAGGUGUCGUAGCAGUUGUUACCUUAACAAAAAAUAUCCCAUCAUCUGGUACAAAAAUGGAGAGGAAAUUCAGAAGGGAACAUCUUAUUAUCAAUUUUAUUCUGAUAUUAUGUUCCAACCAUUCAACUUGGAUGCUGCAGACAGCUAUUCCUGUGCUUUUGAAGGAUUCAAGGAAUUCCCCUCUCCUUUAUUCUGUGAGUUGACUCCAUAAUCAUACCAUAAAAUCAGAGAGAUUUUUUUAUAUGUGGCCACAGUUGUGAUUCCAGCAUAACUCUGAUUUUAAAACUUGCAUUUGUGUAUUUUCUCUGUCUUCCAGGUGAAUCUGCUUCUUUUUGCAACAGAGUGUCGUACACUGACAGAAGAAUCUGUGCACCCAAAGGCUCAUCGGUGAAUAUUUCUUGUAGCUUCAACAGUUACAGUAAUAUCACCUCCAAAUUCUGGUUCAGUCCAAAAUAUAGUCACCAUUGGAAAUACUCCAUACCACCUGAGGACCUAAGUGAAGACUACCAUCAAUCAGAUCGUAUUCAGGUCUUUGAAACAGAGAAAGGACAUUCAACUUUAAGAAUCACCAACCUGGGAGAGAGCGACUCUGCAGAAUAUCAUUUCAAAUUCAAAACACAGAGUUUUGAAUGGAAUAGCAGCCUGCCUGCUACAACUCUGACUGUCACAGGUAUGGAAUAAGACCGAAGACGCACAACAGUACAAUAACACAAAUAUUGAUUAGGUUUAGCCAUCAUGACUGUGUUAUUGGACUUUAAUUGCUGAAUUUACAUGUUUAUUUCAACGAAUUAGAACGUUUAUUAUUUUCUGACGGUUAUUGAUAGUGAGAAAAUAAGCCUCUUAACUGUAGACUGUAUAUAGAAUGGACACCGUCUGCCUCCUCGCUGGGUGAAGCCACCAUGAGAACAGCACCCUCUGUUGAUGGGCUGCAGUAUAGGUCAUAAAUCCCGCCUCUUCCAGCAAUCCCUAUGGACCUGUGGACAAACUCUAGAAGUUUAUUACACAGAAUAUAAUUUUUUCUACCCCCUGGUUGUGAUGUUGACAUGCACUCUAAAAAUCCCAACACCAGGGUUGAAAAGGGACCAACUUCUUAUUGGCUUAUAUUGACCCAGAAUGUUGGGUUAUUCAAACUAACCCAAAUUUAGGGUUGACUCAAUAACCCUUUCUAAGGGUCAAGUUAACCCAAUUUUCAAAUUAAUUUGACUCAUGAUAUUGGGUUAAAUUGGCUGCAGGCUGCAGCCACACAGUUCACAUUUCUGAACCAAAAGAGUUCGACCUGGGCUAAGAUGAAAUAGAGCCGAACUCUUGCAGGACUUAGCACCUGCCCACAGCACCAAAACUUUGGCUGAACAGUCCACAGAGCAUUACUGGUUAGCCAACUGGCCUGACCUUAACCUCAUGGAGAACCGGUGGGAAUUUUGUUAAGAAGAAGAGAAACGUCCAAGUCAAAAUGACAUACAACUGAAGGCCUCUAUUCAAGUAACCUGGGCUUUACUAACGAUUCAGAAGAGUUAAAGGCUUAUAGUCUCCAUGCCAAACAACAAUGACUCCAAAGUCUUUAUGUAACAGAGCCCUAACCUAUUACUGAGUUUUAAGUAAAGAAAUCUUAGAAUUUGGACAUUUCUAAUAUACCAAUCAUUUGAAAUAGGCCAUUUGAGAUGCACAUGUAUCAUCCAAACUGCUAAAUAAUUGGACUGUGUUUUUAUUCCCAGCUUUACAGGUGCAAAUGAUUGAGAAAAUUACCAACCAGUCCUCGACCUUUGUAGUGCUGAGGUGUCUCAGCAGCUGCAGCCCAGCCGAUCAUGUCUCCUACACCUGGUUCAGGAACAGAGAGACAGACUUGUCCUGGGGAGAGACAUCUGUCUUUAAGGGCUGGUUUCCUCCUGAGGAUGAAAUCUCUUGUGCUCUAAAAGGACACGAACAGUUUCCCUCUCCACCAGUCUGUGAGUUUACACCACAAUGUCAGGAGAAGAAAUUCCAAAGAGAAUGUUGA